AUGUCUACGACCACUGCAGAUCUCCCAACCUACAAGCUCUACAGGCAUAUCGAAGAUAUCGACAGGUACUGUCCUGGAGGUUACCAUCCCAUUGAGGUGAAUGACACACUCAACCAGCGAUAUAUUAUUGUCGAUAAGCUGGGUAAGGGCGGCUAUUCCACAAUAUGGCUUGCACGCGACCAGAAGCUCAAUAAGUACGUCGCCGUCAAAGUCGGCACGGCUGACCAAGUUUCGAAAGAGAGAGAGAUUCUCCUCAAAUUGGCUGGCAAUCAGACCAACGACUUCUCUGGUCACCUCAUCACUCAAGUACUUGAUCAUUUUACCCUUCAUGGGCCCAACGGCACACACCCUUGCAUUGUCACUGCACCCGCCAGAUGUAGCGUUGCCGAAUCCAUCAAAACUUCGCGAUACAAUUCAUUCCGACUUGACGUAGCCAGGGCACUGUCUGCGCAGCUCGUUAUGGCAACGGCAUACGUCCACGGGGCCGGCUUUGUUCACGGUGACAUUCAUCUCAGAAAUGUGUUGCUCCAAUUGCCUGGCUCCGAGAUCGAUCAGCUCUCCAUCCAACAAGUUUAUGAGAAAUACUAUGAGCCAGAACCUUACCCUGUGGCUAGAACCGACGGUCAGCCUGUUACCUCAACAUCCGUGCCAAAGAACGUCUAUAGGCCAAAUUGGCUCGGUAAACCGAGCGACGAAGUCCUACUGCCCGAAGCUAAACUAUGGCUCGCCGACUUUGGAACAGCCUUCAACCCUUCGCAGGAAACCAGAUUGAUGUCUUAUACCCAUUUACAAAACCGGCCACCCGAAGCUAAGUUUGAUCCCACAAAGCCUCUUACGUUCUCCUCCGACAUAUGGAGUCUGGGGCUUAUGGUAUGGGAGGUCAUGGGUGAUGGGCCAUUCAUGAGCAGCUUCUUAUUCAAUUGGGACGAGGUAAUUGCUGACCAGGUCGACGCACUUGGCCCGCUACCUCGGGAAUGGUGGGAGAAGUGGGAGGCAAAGUUGAAUGAGUUUGAGGAAAAUGGACAGCCAAAAGGGCAACGGGAAUAUUGGUCGCUUGAGAGACGCUUUCACAUGAAUAUCCAGGAUCCGAGAAUGGAAGAGGGCACUGAACAGAUGGAUAAUAAUGAGAGUCACGCCUUUUUAGAUAUGAUCAAAGGAAUGCUGCGCUUCAGGCCAGAAGAGCGUCUGACAGCUGAUCAGGUUCUGCGAUCGGAGUGGAUGAGUAAGUGGGCUCUACCUCUUGUGGAGAAAGCUUGGGAGCGUAAACUCUUGGACUAA